AAUACAGCACCAGAUCAGUGUAGGCUCAGCAACACUCCUCCUGGCGCAAGACACUCUCCUCGAACUUCUGACAAGACGCUCGCUGGCGUCGCAACAAUGCGCCUCUCACCCGGUCUCUUCCUGACGGCACUCCUUCCCACCGCGUCCGCCCACGGCCGCAUCACAAACAUCACCACGCCCACCGGCACCGUCUACCAAGGCUGGGACCCCGCCACCCCGCAAGCACAACUCCAAGACCUCACCGCCUGGCGCGCGGCCAACCUCGGAAACGUUUAUGUCCCACCCUCGCAGUUCAACACCUCCAACAUAACAUGCCACUUCAACUCCACGCCAGGCGCGCUACACAUCCCUACCGCGCCAGGAGACGUGCUGAGAGUCCAGUGGAACGAGUGGCCUGCGUCGCACAAGGGGCCGGUCUUGACGUACCUGGCCACGUGCGCAGGUUCGUGCGCGGGGGCGGAUAAGGAGACGCUGGACUGGGUCAAGAUCGACGAGGUAGGGUGGCUGAAUAGUUCGGGAGCGGACGUGCUGCCGCUGGGAGGGACGUGGGCGACCGAUGUGCUGCGGGCCAACGGAGCGAGUUGGAUGGUGAAGGUGCCCGAGGCGUUGGUGGACGGGAGCUAUGUGCUGCGGCAUGAAAUUAUCGCGCUGCAUGUGGCAGAGGAGGUGGAUGGGGCGCAGGCGUAUCCGCAGUGUGUAAACUUGAAGGUUUCGGGUGGUGGAGGUAAGGAUGCGAAGAAGCUGGAAGGUGGUGUUGUUGGGGAGAAACUGUACGGUGUGAGGGACAAAGGCGUAUUGGUGAAUAUUCAUGGAAACGUGACGGGGUACGAGAUUCCGGGACCGAGAGUCUGGGAGCAUGCAACGAGAUUCAAGCAACCGAAUGAGUAGUAGCAUUCUUGAAAUUGCUCGAAAGGAAGAAAGGAACAGGUCUAUUGUGUAAUUCCCGGUGGGAUAGACGUGCUACUAAGGCAGAGUUCGAUAGAACGUUUUGGACAAGAAAGCCAAGAGGAGACUAUAAGCAGCCUCAGGACUUGAGAGUAGCUCGGGCAAGAAGGCGAGC